CGCCGCACCGCGGGCCGGGACGACGCCCCCUCCCGCGGCGCGGAGGAGGAGGAGGACGAACAUGGCCCCCGCGGCGUCCGCGUGCCGCCGUCUGCUCCGCUGGCUCCUGGUCUCCGCCGCGGUGCUCAGGCCAGGCCUUGGAUCUUACACUGUAAAUUCAGCUUAUGGAGACACCAUUAUCAUGCCUUGUCGACUCGAUGUACCUCAGAAUCUCAUGUUUGGCAAAUGGAAAUAUGAAAAUCCUGAUGGCUCCCCACUAUUUAUUGCCUUCAGAUCCUCCACAAAGAAAAGUGUGUAUUAUGAUGAUGUACCAGAGUACAAAGACAGAUUGAGUCUCUCAGAAAACUACACUCUAUCUAUCAGUAAUGCAAAGAUCAGUGAUCAAAAGAGAUUUGUGUGCAUGCUAGUAACCGAGGACAACGUGUUUGAGGCACCAACGAUAGUCAACGUGUUCAAGCAACCAUCGAAACCUGAAAUUGUAAGCAAAGCACCCUUUCUUGAAACAGAGCAACUAAAAAAGUUGGGUGACUGCAUUUCAAAAGACAGUUACCCUGUUGGCAACAUCACAUGGUACAGAAAUGGAAAACCGCUUCAGGCCCUCGAGGGAGUGGUGGUCAUAAAUUUUAAAAAGGAAAUGGAUCCAGUUACUCAAUUAUACACCAUGACAUCAUCUUUGGACUAUAAGACAACCAAGGCUGAUAUACAAAUGCCGUUUACCUGCUCUGUGACAUACUAUGGAACAUCCGGCCAGAAAACACUUCAUUCAGAGCAAGCAGUUUUUGACAUUUACUAUCCUACAGAGCAAGUGACAAUACAAGUGUUACCACCAAAAAAUGCCAUCAAAGAAGGAGACAACAUCACUCUUAAAUGCUUGGGAAAUGGUAACCCUCCUCCUGAGGAAUUUUUGUUUUACUUACCAGGACAGCCUGAAGGAAUAAGAAGCUCAAAUACUUACACACUGACAGAUGUGAGGCGCAAUGCAACAGGAGAAUACAAAUGCUCCCUGGUAGACAAAAAAAGCAUGAUUGCUUCAACAGCCAUCACAGUUCACUAUUUGGAUUUAUCCUUAAAACCAAGUGGAGAGGUGACCAAGCAGAUUGGUGAUGCCUUGCCUGUGUCGUGCACAAUCUCUGCUAGUAGGAAUGCAACUGUGGUUUGGAUGAAAGACAACAUCAGGCUUCGGUCAAGCCCGUCAUUUUCGAGUCUUCAUUAUCAGGAUGCUGGAAAUUACGUUUGUGAAACUGCCCUGCAAGAGGUUGAAGGACUAAAGAAAAGAGACUCGCUGACUCUUAUUGUAGAAGGAAAACCUCAAAUCAAAAUGACAAAGAAAACUGAUCCCAGUGGACUGUCUAAAACAAUAAUCUGCCACGUGGAAGGUUUCCCAAAGCCAGCGAUACAGUGGACAAUUACUGGCAGUGGAAGCGUCAUAAACCAAGCAAAGGAGUCUCCGUAUAUCAAUGGCAGGUAUUAUAGUAAAAUUAUCAUUUCCCCUGAGGAGAAUGUUACCUUAACUUGCACAGCAGAAAACCAGCUGGAAAGAACAGUAAACUCCUUGAAUGUGUCUGCUAUAAGUAUUCCAGAACACGAUGAGGCAGACGAGAUAAGUGAUGAGAACAGAGAGAAGGUGAAUGACCAGGCGAAGCUAAUUGUGGGAAUCGUCGUUGGUCUCCUCCUCGCUGCCCUUGUAGCUGGUAUUGUCUACUGGUUGUACAUGAAGAAAUCAAAGACUGCCUCAAAGCAUGUAAACAAGGACCUGGGUAAUAUAGAGGAAAACAAAAAGUUAGAAGAAAACAAUCACAAAACAGAAGCCUAAGAGAGAAACAGGUUUUGCUGUCCAG